GGAUUCCAAUUCCAAACAUGGUAUCUGUCUGGGGUCACCCUUUCUUCCGGUGCCAAGAGAGACGCAUUCCAAAUGGAGCACAAAUGUGCCUCCCGUGCUGGGCUCUCCUCAUUCUGUUUGGGGACAACAGAGAGCAGGACGUGGCUGUUUGAUUAUCCCUCACUGCUGAAGCUCUCAGUCCCACAGUCAUAUUGUUUCCUCGGGACAGUUUGGGUUUCCUGCCAAGAGCCAAAUGUGAAGAGACCGUCCUAAGAAACCUGGAGCAGAGGAAGCUCCCCGGAGCUCUGCGGGAGAGACUUGCUGAGGGCCAGACGGAGGAAAGAAAGGCUUUCAGUUCUCCAGGAAGUGUACUAUGUUCUGCCAUUCAUUCCUGAAGCCACCGGAAGCAUUCCUCCCAGGAAAAGUUGAGUUGGUGGGUUGUAGCUGGAGGUGAGAAGGCAUCCAGAGGACAGGUUAAACCAUUUCCUGAAUUUCGCAUGUGGGCACAGGCUUAGAGCCUUCGAGGCGCCCCGAAGAUGAGCAGCAACAGCAGCGCGGUGGGCCAGCUCCUCUGGCGUGGGCUGCCGUGUGUCGGCUGGAGGCAGGAUCUGCAAGGGGCUGUCUACCACCUGGCCAACUGCUUCUUGCUCCUGGGCUUCAUGGGGGGCAGCGGGAUGUAUGGGUGCUUCUACCUCUUUGGCUUCCUGGGCACGGGCUACCUGUGCUGUGUGCUGUGGGGCUGGUUCGACGCCUGUGGCCUGGACAUCGUCCUCUGGAGCGUCCUGCUGGCGAUGGCCUGCGUGCUCCAGCUGGCACAUCUGGUGUACCGCCUGCGUGAGGACAGCCUCCCUGAGGAGUUCGAGCUCCUCUACAAGACACUGUGCCUGCCCCUGCAGGUGCCUCUACAUGCCUACAAGGAGAUGGUUCGCUGCUGUCAGGAGCAGGUCUCCACUCUGGCCACGGAGCAGACCUACGCUGUGGAGGGUGAGACACCCAUCGACCGUCUGUCCCUGCUGCUCUCUGGCCGGGUUCGUGUGAGCCAGGAUGGGCAGUUUCUCCACUACAUCUUUCCUUACCAGUUCAUGGACUCUCCUGAGUGGGAAUCGCUGCACCCCUCUGAAGAGGGUGUCUUCCAGGUCACUUUGACAGCAGAGACCGAAUGUAGCUACAUUUCCUGGCCCCGGAAAAGUCUCCACCUUCUUCUGGCCAAAGAACGAUACAUCUCUCGUCUCUUCUCCAUCCUGCUGGGCUAUGACAUCUCGGAGAAGCUCUACGCUCUCAAUGACAAGCUCUUUGCCAAGUUUGGGCUGCGCUUCGACAUCCGCCUGCCCAGCCUCUACCAUGUUCUGGGUCCUGCUGCCUCAGAUACAAGACCAGAGUCAGAGAAGGAUGAAGAGGACGUCUGCGAGCCAGCCAUGUCCUCUCCUCAGGCGCUGUCCACAUCUGUCCAGCAAACACCCCCUGUGUCCCCCCAUCCAGCAGCCACCAACCCUCCUGCACCUUCUCCCUGGGUUAGGAUGUCCAGGCCUGACAGCGGCAUCCUGGUUUCCAGAACUCCUCUCCAGAGCUACCCUCAAGCUAUGUCCAGGGGACAGGCCCCCUUGGCUCCAACCCAGACUCCUGAACUCUAAGGAGCAAUGGACCAUCCUGUUCUCUGGGCACGUUCAUCCUCAUGGGAAGGUCACGUGUGUGCACACCCGUCUUCUCACCCACUGGAAGGCUCACAGGCCAGGUCGAAGCAGACACAGAAGAUGCCAGCACUGCAGCCACACCAAGGGCCCCAAGUGACUUUUAGAAAUUCACAUUCACCAGCCUCGCUUCCCAGAGAAGGCAGCCCAAAGUACAAAAGCACAGAUUCUAUCCUUUACUAACUGCAGAAUCUCUGGCAAGUAACAUAGCCUCUCUGAGCAUCACUGUAAAGUGGGGAUUUUAAAACCCACCUCCCAAGGAUGGGAGGAUUCCAUGAGUUGACGUAAGGAAAGCACCUAGGUCACAGCAUGACACCUAGUAAGCACUCAAUAAAUCACUCAUUUCCUUUCCUUAUGUUGUUUCUUUCAACUUUCUGAAAGGAUCAGUGAAGUCAGCUAUCCAAGAAGUUUCCACUGUUUUGUCUUGUUUUGUUUUGUUUAAGAUUUUUUUCAAUUAAGAUUCAACUUAUGGGUGUAGCAAGUUUGGAACCUAGUUUGCCCUUAAGCUUUUAAGUUCAAUUUACAAAUCUCUCACUCUAUUUAUGACCCUAAUGUUAAACACUAGUUUUUAGAGGGAUUUUUACAAAUUUAUUUAAUUAAAAUUCCUUAAAUAUUUUAAAGGAGACUUACAAAUUUAACAUAUUCCACUUUAUUUUUCCCCUACUUACCUCCACAUAUAUUCUGGUUACCUAUGGUUGUGUAACAUUCAUCCCUAAAGCAGCAACUUAAAAUAGUCACAAUAAUUUGUUUUGCUCUGCUUGGCUGGGCUCAGCUGGGCUGUUCUCACUCAAGGUUUCUCACGCUACGGCAAGAAUCACCUCAAAGUCUUCUUCUUUCCUGUGUCUGGGGCCCAGGCCUGGAAGACUCAAACAGCUGAGGGCUGGAACAGCUGAAGAAGGGGCAUCCCUUGCUUUCUCAGUAGUUUGUUCAUUUUGCCAUUGUUAUAGCACUGUGUUGCGUGGUCUACCACAUUUAUUUAUCCCUCUACCAUUGAUGGGCGUUUGGGUAAUUAGUUUCUGGCUUGGGGCGAUUACGAACAGGGCUACUAUGAACAUUCUCCAGCUUAUCUUUUGGUACACAUAUGUACACAUUUUGGGGAUGCUGAAAUUACUGAGGCAUUGGGUAUGCAUGUGCUCCACUAUAGUAAACAGUGCGGAACUUUUCCUAAGGGAUCGUUCCAAUUAAUAUUCACACUAGCAGUGUCUGAGUGUUCUGGAUGCUUCUCAUCCUCCCCAAGAGACGGCAUUGUCUUUUUAAAAUUUUUAUUUUAGCCAUUCUGCUGUAUGUAGCAGCAUAUCAUUGUGGUUUUCAUUUUCAUUUCCCUGAUAAAUAAUAAGGUUGGCUACCUUUUUUGUGUUUUUGUUAGCCAUUUGGAUAGUCUCUAUUGUGAAGUGUCUUUUCUAGUUCUUGUCCAUUUCUCUGUAUGCUUUUCUCAUUGAGUUUAAGGAAUUCUUUAAAUAUUCAUAUUAAAAGUCCUUUGUUGC